CCUGCACAUGCGCAGUGGCAGUGUUGACGGGAGGAAAGCAUAAACUGGGGGAGUCAACAUGUCCGCCGCUGCUGCUGCUGCUCAGCUAAACAAUAACGAGGAGCCCGCGCUUCACGGCUCUUGGGUCGAACUGGAGCUAAACGGGAACACGGGCUCCCAGGUGGUGCAGAGUAACCCGCCUGCGGCGCCCUCUGCCGACCAGCUCAAUGCAAACGACACCGACCUGAGUCAAACUCUGCAGAGUUUGGAGGUGGAGCACGGGAGCGAUGAGAACCUGAUCGGAGGACUGGAACACGUGCCGUCGUCGUCCUCCAUCCACAACGGAGACAUGGAGAAGAUUCUUCUGGACGCUCAGCACGAGUCCAGCUCGAGUAACUCCUCCUGUGACAGCCCUCACAGACCUCAAAGUCCACACCAGGAUGAAGGUCAGAUCAUCUUUGACGUGGAGAUGUCCAGUCCAGUCGGCUGUCAGUGGGAGGAAGAGGGUGCAGAGAAGGACAGAGAGGAGGACGUCCUCGUGAACAAAGAGGUCGACUGGGUCGCUGAUUGGUCCAGCAGACCAGAAAACAUUCCACCAAAGGAGUUCCACUUCAGACAUCCCCGACGCUCGCCGUCUUUCAGUAUGAGAAAGAGUGGAGUCAUGAAGAAAGGAGGAAUCUUCUCCCCUGAAAUCCUCAAAGUCUUCAUCCCCUCUCUCCUCAUCUCACACAUCCUCGCCCUGGGCCUCGGGGUGUACAUCGGGAAGAGGAUCGCCACGGCGUCCAGCAGCUCGUACUGAACAGAGGAAGAAGCAGUGCGUGGAUGUCGUCGUGUCUCCGGCCCUCCUCGUGUCGUCCGGCCUCCUCUCUCUCUGUCUUCAUCCAGUUCUCUUCUAUUGUAGGUGUUAGCUGUAGAAAUGUACACACACAUCAUGUCAUGUGAUUUCACUGCAGCCGUCACCAUCUUGAAUCCAGUAGAUAAGAGAUACUACGUUUAGAGCUGGGUUAAAUGUAGUCGUCCCCUUUUUUCCUCGCUGAAAAUAAGUGAGAUAAGGAUCAUUCUUAACGUUUCUCCUCGUGUUUCGACGCGACGUGAUCUCCGACGCUGCACGUCUCUUCUCGUGUCUCCGUAUGAACCAAAAACACGCGCUUCAUAUCCGUGACACACACUGACUGAAUCGGCUCUGGGAGGAGGGGAAGAACAACAGAUAAGCCUUAUAACUUUUUCAGCGUAACAUUUGAGGUGAAGUUAAUUGGGGGAGGGAAUACUGCACAAGUGGGGUUCAUUUUUAAAAUUCCACACGCUUUGAGAGUUGAAUUUAAGGGGCUUUCUUAUUUUAAAAUGGAUAGUCCAGGUUUGUUCAGACUGUGGUUGUUUGAGGUAUUGACACCGUUAUGAACCACUACUAACAUGUACACCUGCUUUUGAUCAUCUUUAGAACAUGUUUUAUCACUGUUUCUUGCAGACAGACAGACUUUUCUGGCCGGAAACAGAAGUUUGUAAACCACUCCCUCUCCCACACCAAACCCCAUAGAGAAAAUCCGUGAUUUUAGCCUGCGGGGACACAGGAGCUGCUGGCCUACUGCUGCCUCGUGUGGUCACUUUGUGUCGCUGAAGUAAAUCCGAAUGAAGUUUUUUAAAUGCCGAAUUUUACAAAAUAAGACAUUUGAACUUAGUGAUGCAGGCAGCAGUGGAUCGACAACUCCUAUGUGCUGUGACGUUAAAAUCACUGAUUUUCUCUAUGGUGUUUGGUGUGGGAGAGAAACGUCUGUUGUAAGUGACAAAACUAAAAAAAUCUACGUCAGUUUAAGUCUACAGUGUCUUAACGUCACGUUCACGUCUUUAUCUCACUGUUAGACAGACUUUUCCAACAGGAAACUGAAGUUUGUAAACCACUCACUCUCCCACACCAACCCUCAUAGAGAAAAUCAGUGAUUUUAACAUCACAGCACACAGCAGUUGUUGAUCCACUGCUGCCUCCAUCAGUGAGUUAAAAUGUGUCAUUUUGUGAAUUCGGUGUCUGAAAUCCUUUGUUCAGAUUUACCUCAGCGACACAAAGUGACCACACGAGGCAGCAGUAGACCAGCAGCUCCUGUGUCCUCGUGAGCUAAAAUCAC